AUGGCGUCGCUUUGGAAAAUGGCGAGUCUGAACUGCCAUAGAGUCUGUGCCUCCCCAGAAAGAUUUACGCCGAGAGGUCACCUGGAUGUCCAACAAGACUCCUGGGACUCACUUGAGAGGGCUGACUUGGGGUUUCUUAUGAUCAAGACCGAAGCUUCUUCGCCGGAAUCUCAGGCUAUAAUUUCACCAGAAACUCACAGCAUCAAUACGUGCGAAGGAUAG